AUGACCGUGCAAGAUCUUCCUUCGAGGGGAGAGGAUCAGCUCGAAUCUGCCGUGAAGGCAAAUAGCUCGUCUGGUCCAUCCAGUCUUCCUGCAUCCAAGCUCUCGUGCUGGGCGGAUUUACAUCGGUCCAUCAUGACAAUCUCUUGCGGGGAAGUCGUCAGGACAGCUCAGGUCAAGGACAUUGGCGAUUUGGCUCGUGGCAAAGGCGCCGUGAAUGGGCGCUUGGUAUUUGCCUGUGCUGUCUUUUGUGCGGCUUCAUUUGUUUUUGGAUACGAUGACAAGUUGAUCUCGCCGGUGGCAGCGCUGCCUGCUUUUGUCGACAAAUAUCAAGGUCCUAACCCAGUCACGGGUCGGUUGGUCCUCACGGCGCGUAACCAAGACCUCGUCUUUUCGCUUCCGUUGGUUGGGUCUAUCCUUGGAGGAUUGCUCAGCUCGCCACUGAACUACUAUCUAGGCCGCAAAUGGCCUGUAAUUUUGGCAUAUGUCGUUUCCGUUGGCGGAGGACUACUGCAGGUCUUUGCGCCAAAUUUAGGAGCCUUUGUUGGUGGCCGGUCCAUCAAUGGGGUCGCAAUGGGUAUUGCGAUGGCCACUGCUCCACUGUACCUAUCAGAGGUGGUUCCCGCUUCUAUGCGUGGGCGAAGCGUCACCUCAAUCAACAUUCUCAACCUCACAUCCGGAGUUGUCGGCACGGUUAUCGUAUGGGGUACGCAGAAACUUGGCGGACACUUAUCCUAUCGAAUCCCGCUUGUCAUUCAAUCAGCGAUCCCGGUGAUCCUUCUCCUCCUCACCAUCUUAGUCCCGGAGAGUCCCGUGUGGCUCGUGGCCAAGAAUAGGCUAGAUGAAGCGCGUGCCAAUCUCCGCAACUUGCGCGGAUUCACGGACGAGCAAGUCGACGACGAACUGCGUCUGAUGCAGCUCGGGGAAAAAGAAACUCGGCAUAUGCGAGCACAGGUCAAAUUCUGGCAUAUCUUCAAACGAGAGCACCUUCGGCGCACUCUUGUCGCAGGCUCUUUCUACUCGUUGAAUCAGGUCUCCGGUAUUAUCUUGUCAACGACAUACGCCACGGUUUUUCUCACACAAUUGGGUGUCGUCGAUGCCUUCUCGCUCACCGUUAUCGCCUCGUGCUGUACCCUAGCAGGUACAAUCGUCGCACCUCUAAUCAUUGAUCGAGCCGGCCGUCGACCCACCGCAUUCUUUGGCAUGUCCAUCCUCUUCGUCAUCGACCUGAUCGCCGGUGUUCUCGCUUUCUACCCCAACAACCAGCAUGCCAUCCUCGCCGUCGCCGCGUUGUCCUUUAUCUUCAAUUUCUUCUGGGCGUCCUCUUUCUCCUCCCUUGCCGCCCUGAUGCCAUCAGAGAUGGCCACCCCUAAGCUUCGUCAUCACACCAUGUCCUACACAAUCGCCUGCCAGGCACUCACUGCUGUCAUCACCACGCUCGUCGUCCCACAGCUAACAUCUGCGGAUGCGGCAGGACUGGGGGCGAAGACGUACCUUGUCUUUGCGGGGUGUAUGGCUGCGAUUCUCGUCUUCUAUUAUUUCUAUAUGCCGGAAACAAGAGGCCGGACCUUUGUUGAGAUUGAUAAUAUGUAUGCUGCAAAGAUACCAGCUUGGAAAUGGAGGUCUUAUAGACCGUUGGGUGAUAUGAGGGUUUCCCGAGAAGUAGUCACGUCGGGAAAGACCUGA